UGUCAAAGUCAAAUUCAACCCACAGAAAUGUAUUUUUUUGGCUGGUCCUUGUAAUCUUUUUGUGAUGGUUUUCAUUCUUCUUAUACCCUAACGUUAUGCCUAAAACCUAAAAAUGGAAGUAUUCAACAAGUUCUAUUCUUCCGUUAGCAAUACAGUGUCGCAAUUAUCCGGAGUUCUACCGGGAAACCCUGUGACCAGAGAAUUCGAGGCGACACAGUAUAUUGCAAGCGCAGGCCCCGGUUUGUUAUGGAAAGUAUACAAAGGAUAUAAAAAGUCAACAAAACAAGAGGCUUCAAUAUUCGUUUUUGAGAAAAAGCAACUGGACAGAUGGUCAAAGGGAGACAAAGAUAUUAUGAUAGACAUUCUAAAACGGGGCAUCAUACAGCUGACAAAGUUAAAACAUCCUCAAAUAUUAACUGUCCAACACAGUUUAGAAGAGAGUCGGGAAAGUUUGGCGUUUGCAACAGAACCUGUAUUUGCAAGCUUAGCAAAUGUCCUCGGUAACACUGAGAACAUGCCUCAACCAAUACCGAGCAGUUUAGUUAACUAUAAACUAUAUGAUGUUGAAAUUAAAUAUGGGUUGAUGCAAAUUGCUGAAGGAUUAGCGUUUCUACAUAAUGAUGUGAAGCUUCUACAUCAUAAUAUAUGUCCUGAGUCUAUUGUUGUGAACCAGCAGGGCGCUUGGAAGAUAUUUGGCUUCGACUUCUGUAUUGCAAAUCAGAGUACAACAGGUUCAGCUCCGUUCUGGCCAUUUAACGAGUACUGUCAGGCUAUGCAUGCGUUAACUCAGCCUGCGUUAGAUUAUUUGGCACCAGAAUAUGUUCUAUCAGCUACCCAUUCCCCUGCAAGUGACAUCUAUUCCCUUGGAAUGGUUAUUUAUGCAUUGCAUAGUACAGGUCACCAAACUCUAGGUAACAUAGGCAAUGAUUACACAAAGUUCAAGAGGUUUGCCAAUGAAAUGAGGAACCUGCCUCCGUCCAGACUGCUGUGUGUCAACGAUGGGCUGAGAGAAUAUGUGAAGCUUAUGUUGAAUGCCACACCUGAGUUGAGACCUGAUCCACAUCAGUUUUUAAAGAUUCCAUAUUUUGAGGACAUUGGUGUAAAAACACUGAAUUAUUUGGAUUCACUGUUCCAAUGGGACAACUUACAAAAAUCACAGUUUUACAAGGGCCUGCCACAGAUCAUUCAAAAAAUGCCACACAGAAUAUGCAUCUAUCGAAUCCUACCGUGCCUCACUAAAGAGUUUGUAAAUCCACCCAUGGUACCAUUUGUUCUACCAAACGUCCUGUUAAUAGCUGAGAACUCUUCAAAAGAAGAAUACGUAAAAUAUAUACUACCGGUACUAAAACCUGUAAUGUUAAUCCAAGAUCCAAUACAAAUAUUAUUAAUUUUCAUGCAAAAAAUGGAGCUUUUAUUAAAAUUGACACCCGGAGACGAAGUCAAAACUGAUAUUCUGCCAAUGUUAUACCGAGCAUUGGAGUCAGAUGCCCAACAAAUUCAGGAACUCUGUUUGUCAGUAUUACCAACGUUUGCCUCACUAAUAGAUUACCCGGCCAUGAAAAAUGCGUUGUUACCGCGUAUAAAGAAGCUAUGCCUGAGUACAAACUAUAUUUCUGUGCGGGUUAACUGUUUGCUGUGCUUGGGCAAACUGUUGGAACAUUUGGACAAAUGGUUGGUGUUGGACGAGAUAAUUCCGUUUUUGCCGCAGAUUCCUUCGAGGGAGCCCGCUGUGCUUAUGGGCAUUUUAGGCAUCUACAAGCUAACACUGAGUCACAAAAAGCUCGGCAUAACUAAAGAAGUGAUGGCAACAAAGGUUCUCCCAUUCCUCAUUCCCCUGUGCGUCGAAAAUGGCCUCACGCUGAACCAAUUCAAUGCGCUCAUAUCGCUCGUGAAGCAAAUGAUAUCCAAAGUGGAGGCGGAGCAUAGGACCAAACUGGAGCAGCUCAACUCUAUACAGAAUGAGUCUAAAGUUAUGGAGCAUGCACUUACAUCAUCAGACAACCUGGUCUCAGCUCCAACUCCUCAGAACGACAUCGAUAAAAUGUUUUCGGGCCUCGGAGUAGAUCCUUUCUCAUUUAACAACAAGCCGGAGAAAGUCGAGCAACCCACACCCGUUGUUGAGAGCGGGUCUUUGACCAUGGAAGAUAAACAGAGGAUCGCCCAACAGCAAGAAACCGCUCGAAAACUAUCACGACAACCCCCUCCAAAAGCUAUCCCCACCCCUUCAAUACAACCGCCACCCCAACCUAAACCUGUAGACUUAACAAACUCAUUAUUCCAAACCAAUCUCAGCCAACUCACAACAAAAAUAUACCCAACGGCCAACGUCACACAACCAACGUCCAAGCCAAUGCCCAACUAUAAUUUAAACUUAGGGAAUUCCCCAGCAUAUCAAAGUCCAAUGCCUUUUGACAAUCAGUUAGCCUUACCACCAAAUACAGGCUGGACUAAUCCUCCAACUGGAAAUUUUUCAAGUCCAAGCGGGAAUUUCACAAGUCCAACCGGGAAUUUUUCAAGCCCAAGUGGGAAUUUCACAAGUCCAACGGGGAAUUUUUCGAGUCCAAGUGGGAAUUUCACAAGUCCAACGGGGAAUUUUACGAGUCCAACAGGGAAUUUCACGAGUCCAAGCGGGAAUUUCAACAACAAAUGGGCAAACAAUCAAACCAACCAGACGAAAAUGAAACAAGACUGGUCGGCUUUUGAAUCUCUCUUACCUACACCGGGUGAAAGUAAUAAUAAUAAUGAAGUUAAAAAGCUAAACGACAGUGAAAUGAUGGACUUGUUAAGUUAAAUUAACUUUAACAUACAAAUUAUCGAUAUUUCUCUUUGUCAGUUUGAAAACUGGGACAUAAAAUAUGCUGCAGAAUUAAAUCAUUUCUAAAGGUAUUGACACAUUGCUGUGUUGAAGUGUCUUCUGGCAUGGCGGAAGUUGAUCGUAGUCAAAGCAUAUUUAAUAGUACCUUUCAGGUACAGAAGGAUGACUCCGCAGACGUAAUAAAUAAUGACUGUUGUUACGACACAAAGCGCAAUGCAGCUCGCACAGCGCGGGCGACCUAAACAAACGCCUCUGUAUCAUAAACGUAUAUCACGUAAACUCAUCUUUACUGAGUGUCUCUUGUGAAAUAAGACUUACGCGAGAACCGUCAAAUUGGCGCACUGUCGUAGAUUUUCUCAGGCCAUGCGACCAAGUGAGCCCGGCCAGGGUCAUACUUACGAGUAUAUGAAGUCUGUGAUCUGUCGAUCAGUGCAGACGGAUUGCAUUACAACACGCUACAACAUUGUAAUGUGUUAAUAGAACAGUUUCAAUCAUUGCCAGUCUUAAAAUAAUUUGAAUAAAUUAAACAGUUUAA